UCAGAGACGAGAGGAGAGAGAGAGGCGGAGAUGACGGCGACGUGAAAGGGUUGUAUACCGUGCUAGCAAGGAUAGUCAGCUUGCAACUCCCCUUUCUCAAUGCACAGAAAUACGCAUUGGAAAUACAACAGCAGCGACCGCGCUGGUUUCAAGAGCAAAUCUAACACCAGCGUCAGUCUCUUGGGUGCAAAACCCCAUCAAUACUGCUGAAUGAAACCAGCAAGAAGCAGCCGGCAGUGAAAACAACACAAUGAAGGCAUCGAAUAAAAGCGGAUUGCGUGUUUACUGCUGUGCGUUUGUUUAAAAAAAACAAGAAAAAAGAAAGAAGUCUCAUUAUACCGACACCGAAGAGGAAUGCGUACAGGGUCAGAACAACCCAACAGCAGAACGGCCAUAUUUACCUUAAAAUGAUCUGAGGGGGAAAAACUAGAAGAGUCUCUUUAAGAUGACACGAACAGACCCGCCUGACAUACUGGUGUCGACUGUGUAUCGAGACAUUAAAGUGAAUCUGACUUCUACCGACUCCUGUCUGUCCAAACAAUGUGAUCUUCACACCCUGAGCAAGCUGGAGGAUAAUCAGAAAACGUUCAACAAAAGGCACUGUCGAAGCUUUGACUUCCUCGAGUCACUGGACGACCCCAAAGCUUCGAGUUCCUCAAUGGAGUACCCUUACAGGAGGACCGAGAGGCAGAUGUUGAACCCGGAGGCUGCUCGGAACUCUCUCGGGCAGCAGGCUCACCUCCGGUUCUCUUCCCCAGAUCUGUUCAACUCCAAACCCCCACCUCAGCAACCUGUGGAAGCCACCAGAGAUGCAGUGAGACCCGAUCUCAAGAGAAGGACAAGGUCCAAAAGUGCUCCCAGGGUGAAGAGCACAUUCACGCCAGUGCCCCUUGAGGUGACUCCUCCACCUGUCAGGAGGGGAAGGGAAGUACAGCGAGCUGCUCUGCGUGACCCCCCUAGGAAGCCAGAGACCUCCCCUCACAGGGAAGCCUCUUAUGCAGCCAACCGGGCCAUGAUGAACGAAGUCCACCCCAUCAAGCUCCAGCCGCAGAGGGGAGACUCCAAACGAUACUCACCGCUGUUUGUGCCGGAGUCCUUUGAUGAGAACCAGCCAGGCAAACCGUCCGCCAGCCCUCACGUCAAGUGCCGCAUGGAUAUCAAGCCAGAUGAGGCUGUUCUCCAGCACGCUGCGAGAAACGUCAAGCCACCAACACCCAGAGCAGAAGUGCCCUGGCAGAGAUACCCCAGCGGAAGUAGCAGGAGCCUGAUCUUGCCAAGUGGUUGGCAGGUCUCCAGGACUCCCACCCCCAGUGACUCCUACAGUGGAGAUUAUAAGCAGGUUUACCAGCAUCACAACACCAUGCCGUACGACUACAUCCCGCAGGCGGACAUCCCUUUACAAAGGAUGCUUUCUCCCAGAGAGCAGCGGGAUUACCCCGGAUGGGAGCGCAGGGCUUAUUCCAGCCCCAAUGUGCCAACCAAAUUUUUUUAUACAGAGGAGCAUGGGAGGUAUCCCUCUCCAGCCCCCCCUGCCAGAACUUUCUAUCAAGGAGAGCAUCAUAGUUACCCCAGCCAAAACUUUACCGCUAAAGCACAGUCCGGGCUUGAUCAAAGGACUCAUAUGGUCCACGCUGUACCUGGCCAACCAUUUUACACUGAAGAGCCAAGGCAAUAUCCCAUACCCGUGUACCCCAAACCUUAUUCCACGAACGAGCCACAGCACUAUAUAGUCCAGACUGCCCCGUCUAGGACUUUUUAUGGUGAGGAUCCCAGAACGUACCCAGUUCAGUGCGUCCCGUCCAAGAUGUCCUACACGAAUGAACACAUUGUGACACCCCCUGAGCAUCACGUUCCUUCAAGGGCUUAUUAUACAGAAAGCCGCGGGCAGUACCGCCGCACCAGAAUGCCUCAGGCUGUUUUCAGCGAUUGGUACGGUCCUGAGCCGACCGGAUACGCCACCCACCACCCUUCAACACAGUACGCAACCCAGAGAUCCAGGCAAGAGCCUGUGCUUUCUCCUUGGUACGCCUCCCACUGUUUGGACCAGCACAGGCUGGGGACGGACACCCGGCACUACUCCAGAUCCUGGGACAACAUCCUGAACCACAACAUCCAAAGGGAGCAGCCAGUGCAGCGUGGCAGGAGCUACGAGAACCUUCUUGCCCAAGGGAAGCGUGCCUUGUCCCCAGAUGAAAGACGCCAGCCAGUGGUAGUCAAUCUCUCCAGUUCGCCCAGGCGCUACGCAGCACUUUCCAUGUCGGAAACCUCGCUCAUGGAGAAGGUUUGCACAGAAGGGGGACGGAACUCCCUCAGCAGGAUGUGGUUCGUAACCCCUGAGAUCACCAUCACAGACAAUGACAUCCGCCCCAGUGCUCUCAGAAAAACGGAGGGACGCUCUGCCAGCUGGGAUGUCCUGGACUCUGGCAGAGCCCCAAGUGCUUCUCACCAAGAACCACAUUCCUAUCAGGGGAAUCCUACCAAAGAGAAAACUCACAACAGCGCCUCCCUCCAGCAAAGUCUCGAGCAGCUAGACGAACUCCUGGCAGACUUAGUCAUCGACUACAAGCCCCCAUCCAGCAGGAGACCCAGUAAGGACUUGCUGGACCAGCUGAAGAAGCUGAUUAACGAGGACGAUGCUGGUUCCUCAGCCAAAACAGACCCCAAUGGGAAUCCCGUCCCGUUAAAGAAGCAGCCCACUUCUACAAAGCUGACUCAUGAAGUCCACAAAGAACUUGACAGUGGCUGUGAUGUCCUCCAGAAGGAGCUAGAUGAAGGCUCUCCGGACCAGAGCACAGAUGACGACGACACAAUGAUGUGCUCCAACAGCAAGUGUCGCCGGACAGAGACCUUAUUCAACGCCUGCCUCUACUUCAAGUCCUGCCACAGCUGCUACACCUAUUACUGCUCCCGGAAUUGCCGCAGAGAGGACUGGGACAUCCACAAGGAGAACUGCCUUUACGGGCGCAUCGGCAGCGUUUGCAGACACGUUCUCAAAAUCUGCCGGGAGAAUGCAGAGGUCCACAAAGCUUUCUCUCGCAUCGCCAAGGUAGGAUUUCUGUCCCGCGGAAGGGGGGUCUUGUUCCUGGGUUUCCCCAGCCCCGGCUCGGCCGAUAACUUCCUGCAGUACGGACUGGAGAGCCUCCUCAUGUCCCCCACAUAUCUCUCCUUGAGGGAGCUCGAUGGCUACAAGGACAACCUGGGCGACUACUGCAAGGAGCUGCAGGAAGCCGGGAAUGAGUACGACCCAAACGAAUGCUUCCUUUUGAAUGUUUCUAUAGCUGUGGGCGAAAAAGUGCCUAACAGCCCCUCUCCGAGAGUCCAAGUUCCGACUGUCAGGAAGUAUGCCAAGGUAGCCCUGGCCUCCUCCAGCCCGGAGAAGAAGAUCCUGAAAAAGGAGAGCGAGAUGGAGACCUUGAUCCUGACCCCACCCCCGGGGAUGGCAGACAUCGAUAAGGAAGGAGAGGAGGGAAGGAAAGCCAGGGAGAUCUGCUUCAUCAACAUCCAGCGGGAGCUGAGGACCAGGGGGGUCUUCCUACGCCAUGAGUACCCCAAAAUCUAUCAGCAGCUGUGCGAGUUUGUGGAGAGUAAUAAGAGAUUCACACCUACCAGUAUCUACCCCAUCGACAAGCGGACUGGGAAGCAGUUCAUGUGUAUGAUCAUGGCUGCGUCUGAGCCCAGGACACUGGACUGGGUAGGAACCCCCAACCUCCUGGAUGACAUUAUCUGAUCAAGUGCACCUUUGAUGUUAAAAAUAUAUCUAUAUUGUUAUACAUAGUAAACAUGAAGCCUAUUUAUUAUAUAUGUUUGUAGAUAUGUAUUUUGCUAUGGAGAAAAAAAAAGGUAUAGUACUGUACAUGUUUGCCUAGUCAGCUUUAUUUAUAAUCGGAAACUAUUGUCUGUUGUAGUUUCAGAGCUGGUUCAAAAGGCAAUAGGAUCAUUCAUAUACCCCACUGUGCGGUGAUACCAGUGCUGUGUGUCUUACUGCCAAGGCUAGGCGACCCUGGACUGUAGGGGUGUCUUAUUGAAAGACACUGAUGGUGCAGUUCUCUCAAAGAGAUGCCACAGAAUAAUAGCCAAGAUCAGCUAAAUAAAACAAUGGUAAUGCUUUAAAAUAUAAUAGUCACAAGUACCUAUGAAUAUCUUUGGAAUGAACGUACGGUAAAUAGUCUGAGGCUGCACCUGUAAAAUUCGUGUUAUUGCACAACCGGUUUUUAUUUUAGUUUUUAAGUGUAUAUUUUUUUUUAUAAUUAUGAAAUUGCCAAUAUGUAUUUUCUCAUCAUCAAAUAUAGAACUCUAAGCCAAACUAUCUGUCCUGAGGUCAGGUUAGGGUAGCCCUCUCUGUCUCUAAGGAAGCCGUGUUUCUGAUAGCGGUUUGGAUUAACGAGCGCUCACUGACAGCACAGCGAAAGCAGAGCCGAAUGACUGAUCAGGCUGAAGUCAGACUCACAGCAUAAGCAGCAUGUAACUGACUUCAUUAAAUCCAAGACCUUAAACAAGGAGAACCACAUGUCACGUCAUAGCUAGAACUAAAGAACACGUCCAAUGGGCUUGGAGAGAGCGGUCUUCCUCGCUAGUAUAACAGCCUAGCCACGUACAGGUUACCCUGUAGUAAUCGCAGAAGUGAACACAGGGUUGCCAGAAAUCAGCGCACUAGAGCGGCUGUUUUGAAAAAGACUUUAAAAGUUUUAAAAGUUGCCAGGGUGUUAACGGUGGAUAGAUCAAACACAGGGACGUUAUUUAAACAGCAGUAGCAACACGUGGGGGUGUGUCACGCUAUAUUUUUGGGAACCACUCUACUUCUUCUUUAAUUGCUGGCACCUCAAGGACAAUCGUAGAAAACAUUGUGUUUAAAAAGAUUUUCAUUCCGUGUGUUUGGAUGAGUCUGGGAUCUUCGCACACCAUUUAUUGUUACAGUUCACAUGUGGUGGGCAGCUGAUCCUUUCUCAAAGCAGGCUGACACAUGAGCGGGUCUUACUAGUGGAGUGUUACUUUGAUGCCAAACUGUUGUGGCCUGUGGUUCAUAUUCCCCGAUUGGGGUGGGGUGGGGUCAUUAUUAAAUAGAGGGUCAGAAAGUAUCUUAGGCACUAAAGAAGAUGUUGAUCCUCUUAUAUUUACAAAUCUGUUUUACCGUUUUCAAACCAAGGAAAUCACGUGUUUUUCCAGGACCAGCCGUUGUUCAUUGCUUUGAAUUCAUAACCUUCCAGUUCAGAAAAGUAUUUUUCUUUCUUUCCAUUUUUCUCACUUCUUUCCUUUUAAACUGCAUAUGUGAAGAUUAUAAUAAUAAUAAUAAUAAUAAAUAAUAAUAAUAAUAAUAAUAAUAAUGUAAAAAGUAUCAGAUGUGCGGACUGCUUGGUUCAGGUAAUAAUUUAUUAUUGCUGCUAUAAUUUUGUAACUAAUUUGCUAAAGGUGAAGCAAAGAGGGCUCUGAUAUUAACUGUACCCUGCAUGUGCCAGUGUGAGUUUGCAUCAGCACGAUGAAUCUAAAGAUGCGGAGCUUGUGUGUUUAUUCUAGCUAUGUCCCUAUUUUCGUUUUAUAUAUGAAGACCAGAUUGUACAAAAACAGUUCUUUUAGUUACUGCGUUCGUUUUUUAAUCUGAUCUGAAGGUUUUUACAUUGUAAUGCGGAUGGUAGUAUAUUCCACUGAACUCGGUUUGACUAAUUGAUUAAAGAUCUUUUUUAAUCAUUGAAAUGCACUGCAAUGAUAAGUACAGAUUGGUUUUGCGAAAACUGAUCAAAAAGAUGGAUCUUAUCAAGUAGGGCAAAGGUAUAACACAGCCAGGCCGUUAUAUAUUGCACUGAACAAACAGCUUGUAAUCCAUACUUACUAAUGGCACUGGCCUCCCGUCAAUUACAAUGGUUACUUUGUAGCCACGUUGUACUGUCCCCAGAUUUUCAAUUUUCUGAAUAAUACUGUAUAUGCCAUGAAACGAGCUGGCUGCUGUAAUGCAUCGCUUCUGGCUUCCCUUGUGGGUGAGCGCAGUUUGUGCUUCGCUGAACUGAUCCCAGUCUGUGUGACGCAGAUUCUUCUUUGGGUAGCCGGGCAUGCCCUUCAAAUCAAAGGACUGUUUUAAGGAGUGUUUCUUUAAGGGCUGUGUGUGUUUUUUAAAUGCCUGUUCAGUUCAUACUGCAGUUAAUGGGACCUUUUUUUUUUUGUUAGCUGCCUCAGAGGGGGUUAAUGAGUUUGUUAUGAUUUUCCCCAAGAUAACUUAAACUUUACAAAAAAAUAUUCCUUAAAACAAUCCUUAAAGAUCGGCUGCAUUGUAACAGACAGCGGGGUGUGUUUGUGACGUGUCCUGCUGCUGCCGUGUUGUUUGAAAUACCUGCUCUGGACGUGAAAGGCGAGUUAAGACGUCUCUGUAUGUCUUGUCCUGUCAUGUGUUUCCCAGUUCAUUAACUGUGUUCGAUGGUUCGGUGCAGUGAGCUACGCCCAGCUGCAGUAAUAGUGACAGUCUUAGCAUGAACACUAGAGUGUUGCACGCAGGCUAGCUAACACAACACAGACAGUGUCACUGCUGCUUUUAAAGGGACACAAAUCACAGCAUCUUUCAGGUUCUCUUGCCUGAGAACUAUGUACAGUUGGGAUUGACGAUUUUAUUGAAUGCAUGUUAUUUAUAUUUUAUUAUGUAUGAUUUUAUUAUGAUGCAAAAAAAAAAAAAAAGGUCCG